CCGGGACUCCAGAACGUCACUGCUUGAAGCAGCAGCGACUCGGUCACCAGAGCUGAACCUCAGCAGAGAUAGCAGCAAGCAGGCACUUCCACGCCGCGCAGGCUAACUCGCUUUCGGCUUUGGUUCGAGAUGGAGACUCGUCGGUCCGUGAGGGGCUCCAGCGCCCACAACUUUAAGAGUGGACUAUCCUUCUGGCUGAUUCUGUGGCUGGUGGUGAUGAAGCCUGGCGGGGUGGCUCCAUGCCCAAAGCUGUGUGUGUGUUACCCUACGCCCAUGACGGUCAGCUGCCAGUCCCAGAACCUCACCAUAGUCCCGGCCGGUGUGCCCUAUGACUCACAACGUGUUUUCCUGCAGAACAACCGCAUCACAGAGCUUCGCGCAGAUUCUUUUGGCUUCGAGACACAGGUGCUUUGGCUAUAUGGCAACAACAUUACAUGGAUUGAGGCUGGAGCCUUCAGUAACCUUAGGGUGCUGGAAGAGCUUGAUCUGGGUGACAACCCCUCGCUGCGGCGCCUGGAAGGUGGUGCCUUCAGGGGCUUGGAGAAGCUGCAGAGCCUGCACAUGCAUCGCUGCAAGCUGGCUACUCUCCCCCAUGACCUCUUCCACAAGCUGUACAGCCUGCAGUUUCUCUACCUGCAGGAAAAUCAACUGCAUUUCCUGCAGGAUGACCUGUUUUCAGAUCUGGUCAACCUCACACAUCUCUUCCUGCAUGGAAACCGUAUCCGUGCCCUCUCUGAGAAUGUGUUCAGAGGCCUGGUCAACUUGGACCGCCUCCUUCUCCAUGACAACCGCAUCAGGCAGGUCAACCGACGGGCCUUUCGUGACCUUGGCCGCCUGACCAUCCUUUAUCUGUUCAACAACUCCCUAGCUGAGCUGCCAGGCCAGGCCAUGAAAGAUGCCCAGGGCAUCCAGUUUCUCCGCCUGAAUGGUAACCCCUGGUCCUGCGGCUGUGAGGCCCUUCCCCUCUGGGAAUGGUUCCGCAAAGCUCGCAUCUCCUCUUCUGAGCUCAUGUGCUCCUCCCCAUCCCAGCGCCGUGGCCAGGACCUCAGAUUCCUCCGGGAACUGGACUUCGCUCUUUGCCCUCUGCCUGACCCUGGAUCCCUGGCUGGAACCACCACAACCACCUUUAGCACUAAAACCCGCUGGUGGUUCUCCAAGCAUAAGCCUGCAUCUUCCUCCAAAGCCUCAUACCAGAAAAGCUCAGAGACAGUGAAGGCCUUCCCCUUCCCUCCCGUCAAGCCUCAGUACAUCCCCAAAGCCCCCGUUGAAACCAUCCCCGCUAAGUACGAAUUGUCAGCAGAUGAGGCAGCACUGCCCAAGCUCGACCCAGAAGAGUAUUGGGCCAACUAUGGCAAUGAAGACUCCUCGAUCCGGUGCUUUGAGCUGGAGUGUCCUCCAAACUAUGACAACCCAGCCUUCCCCUCAUCCUCCUCCAUUACCAUCACCCCUUCCCUGCUCCACCUCCUUUCCUUCUCCAUAGUCACGGUCUCCCUCCACUUUCUUUUUAGUUGAACUUCUUUCUCUCCACCUCCCCUAUUUUUCCUCUAAUUUCUCCCCCUGCUCUUUCCACCUACAACAACAACCUGGACCUUAAUUCCUUUCAGUUGCCUCCUCGACAAGCAGGAGGUGCUAUACUGAUGCAGAAGACAGGUGAGGCAGGAGGGAGCUGUUGGUCAGUUAAGCUGAUGUAGAGCAGGACAACAUUUUAAUGCUGAAAUGUCUGCUGGGUGGUACAGGCUUCUAAAAAAGCAGGGAUCACAUCAUGGAAACUGACACUGAUAGUGGCAGUGUGAAGGCAGAAACCUACCAUGUUAGCCGGUGGGGUUUCCAGGUGAUUUUUUCAGUAUCACAGCUGUGAACAACGCAGGCGUUGUAACUCGGCUACAGCUAUUUUCUAUACCAACUCGUGCUCACCAUCCAAUCACCACUGACAUGGUCCUGCUAUAAUUUAUUCAUCAUCAUGAAUAAAGCUGGUGAUCUAUGGAGGGUUAUUUGACACUGCCUGAAGUAGGAGAAAGAUGAGGAUUAACACAGACAAAGAGAGAUGUGGGAAGAGAAAAAUACUUUUAGAUGUUCACCUAAAGGCGCAAAAGGAUAAUGAUUAGAUCUGCAGCAAGGAGUGACAAUUCUCUCCCCUUCAGAUUCAAAAUCUUGUGUGAUCCAAGAGAUGCCAGCAAAUGAUUACCAUCAGCACCUGUACAUACAUCACUGUACAUACACCCACUGCACUGUAUUUUUAGACUAGCUGGAUUUGUACUUUCUUUUAGUACACUUUGUUAAAAAUGUUUGUGGUGAUAGAGGAGAUACUUAGAUUGUCAAUGGAAGGCAAACAAAUUGUAUGUGGAAACUCCUUUUUGCCCUUCAUGUUUUCCCCCCCAUUCUCGUCUCUUCCCCUCUCAGACAAUCGAAAAAAAUUUGUUCCACACCGAAAAGAGAAUCAAAAAACAUAUCAGAGAUACCCUUCAACAGAAGCAGAGAAAUAGAUGUUCACUACCAAACAAAUAAUUGAAGACUGCUCCAGAUUCAGAUUUUUUUGUGUGUGUUUUAGUUUUCGCUGUGUGAGUGAAAGUUACCUGUUGUAGACUAAAAGACCAAAGCCCAGAAGAGACCAGUUCUAUAAUCUCUUAGUAGAUGUAUGUGUGUGUAGCUGGCACAGUUUAAGAGGCUGUUAGUGUGGAAGUGCAAACUGACACAGAACAGGGUAUAAAGUAACAGAAGAGUUGAGUGGUACAUUUCCCUGUGUGUUGUUUGACACCUCAGGUUGUUGUCUAGGAAGUUCCUGUUUCAUUACACUUAGACCUGCUGUUGGUCUCCAUGUGUUAGGGAGUGUGAAUGUAUCUGAAAAACAAUGUGUGUCCUUUUUUUUUUCUAAGCAGGAUGAAAAGUCUUUGGUGCACAGCUGAACUUACAGGUCUCAAAGAUUCACAUCUGUAGAGUUUUGCAAGUUCAUGACAAGUUUGCACCAGUUUUAUUUAUCUGUUCUGGAAUCCAAGAAUGUGAUCUCACUGAUGCAUAUCUAUAUGUUAUUGUGUAUCUAUAUUUUAAGGUCCCACAGAUAAUGACAUUUACACACUGGAACUUCUCACCCGUAUUGAAGCUGCACCUCUAUCUCCAGUAUGUGUUUGUAAUGGUAUGGGUGUUUACUCAACCAUCUCUUCAACACAAUGCCAAUCCAAUCUAAUUUUAGUCUGCAUUAUUCAUGGCAGCCAUACGCUCCCUCUCAGACCCAUCUGUUGACUCUGAACCUGAAUCAUGACUGUGAGUUUCUGAAAGAUACUGUGACGUUGUUGGAUUCUGUUUUUGUUUUCUUUUUCUCAAUGGAAAAACUUGUUCAGAAAGUGUUUCGCUUUAUUUGCUAUAAAAAUAAAGAAAUAAUCAAACAAAA